AUGUUGAUAAAGAGCGCUUCCUCCUCUUUUCAGAGCCUUGUAUCCUUUGAGGAGGUGGCAGUAUAUUUCACGGAGGAAGAGUGGGCUCUGCUGGAUCCUGGCCAAAGAGCUCUGUACAGAGAAGUCAUGGUGGAGAAUUUUUGCAUCGUGGCAUCUUUAGAAGGUGAUGAAAGGGGUCCAAAUACAGUGAAUGUACGAAGAGACAAGGAUGUGGAGGUGGAAGAAGCUGGGAAUCAAGGCAGGCAGAAGAGAGAAGGAAAGCAGAAGUCAUUCGCCUUUGAAAGGAGGGCUGUCCAGGCAAUUCUCUUUGAAGGCAAAAUACAGGAGGGGGAACAAAGGAACAAGUAUCCUCUGAGUGGGAAAAGAUCAGACUGUAAAUCAUGUUUUAAAGAAAACCAGAGAAAUCACACUGGAGAGAAACUAUAUGAAUGCUUGAAGUGUGGUAAGAGCUUCUGUAGUAGCAAAAGCUUUAGUAUUCACUCAUGGAUUCAUUUUGGGGGGAAACUGUAUGAAUGCAUAGAAUGUGGAAAGAGUUUCAGUCGAAGGGACUGUCUAACUUCACAUCAGAGGAAUCACACAGGGGAGAAAGCAUAUGAAUGCUUGGAUGGUGGAAAGAGCUUCAGUAGCAACAAAAGCCUUACUGUUCACCAACGAAUUCACACUAGGGAGAAACAAUACAAAUGCUUUGAGUGUGAAAAGAGUUUCAGUCAGAGGGGUUAUCUGUCUUCACAUCAAAGGAUUCACACUGGGGAGAAACCGUAUGAAUGCCUGGAGUGUGGAAAGAAUUUCAGCCGGAAAGACUAUUUAACAUCACAUCAAAGAAUUCACACAGGAGAGAAGCCAUAUAAAUGCUUGGAGUGUGGAAAAAGCUACCGUCACAGCAUGAGCUUUGCUUUGCAUCAAAGGACUCAUACAGGGGAGAAACCAUAUAAAUGCUUGGAGUGUGGAAAAAUCUUUAGUGGCAGCAAAAGCCUUACUGUUCACCAAAGGAUUCACACUGGGGAGAAACCGUAUGAAUGCCUGGAGUGUGGAAAGAGUUUCAGUCGGAAGGACCAUCUAACUUCACAUCAAAAAAUUCACACAGGGGAGAAACGAUAUAAAUGCCUGGAGUGUGGAAAGAGCUUUAGUAGCAGCAAAAGCCUUACGAUUCACCAAAGCAUUCACACUGGCAAGAAACCAUAUAAAUGCUUGGAAUGUGGAAAGAGUUUUUGUAAGAACCAAAGCCUUACUAUUCACCAAAGGAUUCACAUUGGGGAGAAACCAUAUAAAUGCUUGGAGUGUGGAAAGAGCUUUAGUAGCAGCAAAAACCUUAGUAUUCACCAAAGGAUUCACACUGGGGAGAAACCAUAUAAAUGCUUGGAGUGUGGAAAGAGCUUUGGUAGGAGCCAAUAUCUUACUGUUCACCAAAGGACUCACACAAGGGAGAAACUGUACAAGUGUCUUGAGUGUGGAGAGAGUUUCAAUCAGACCUCAUAUCUUACUUCUCAUCAAAGGAUUCACACCGGAGAGAAGGUGUAUAAUUGCUUGGAGUGUGGGAAGAUCUUUAGUAAGAGCGGUACACUUCGUAUUCACCAAAGGAUUCACACUGGGGAGAAACCAUAUGGAUGCUUGGAGUGUGGAAAGAGUUUCCAUCGGAGGGACCAUCUAACUUCACAUCAAAGGAUUCAUCCAGGAGAGAAACCAUACAAAUGCUUGGUUUGUGGAAAGAGCUACAGUCACAGCAUAAGCCUUGCUGCACAUCAAAGGAUUCACAUAAGAGAGAAACCAUAUAAAUAUUUGGAGUGUGGAAAGAGAUUAAGUCACAGCAUAAGCUUUACUCUGCAUCCGAGGAAUUGCACAGAGGAGAAUCUUUCGACUCCCGAGCUCCGCGGCGCUCCGCUCUCCAUCCAGCGGCGUCCUCCUUCCUGGCCUUCCCAGCUGCUGCGGGCAGAAGGUGAUGAAAGGGGUCCAAAUACAGUGAAUGUAGGAAGAGACGAGGUGGAAGUCGAAGAAGCUGGGAAUCAAGGCAGGCAGAAGAGAGAAGGAAAGCAGAAGUCAUUCACUGUUGAAAGGAGGGAUGUCCAGGAAAUCCUCUCUGAAGGCAAAAUACAGGAGGGGGGAAGAAGGAAAAAGUAUCCUCUGAGUGGGAAAAGAUCAGACUGCAAAUCAAGUUUUAAAGAAAACCAGAGAAAUCACACUGGAGAGAAACUGUAUGAAUUCUGGGAGUGUGGAAAGAGCUUUUGUAGUAGAAAGAGCUUUGCUAUUCAUUCACAGAUUCACUUCAAAGAGAAACCAUAUAAAUGCUUGGAGUGUAGUAAGAGUUUCAGUCGGAGGGACUGUUUAACUUCACAUCAAAGAAUUCACACAGGAGAGAAACCAUACAAAUGCUUUGAGUGUGGAAAGAGUUUCCGUUGGAGGGAACAUCUAAUUUCACAUCAAAGAAUUCACACAGGAGAGAAACCAUACAAAUGCUUGGAGUGUGGACAGAGUUUCGGACAUAGAAAUUAUCUAAUUACACAUAAAAAAUUACACACAGGAGAGAAACCAUAUAAAUGUUUAGAGUGUGGAAAAAGUUUCCGUCGGAGGGAACAUCUAAUUUCACAUCAAAGAAUUCAUACAGGAGAGAAACCAUACAAAUGCUUGGAGUGUGGACAGACUUUCGGACAUAGGAAUUAUCUAAUUUCACAUCAAAGAAUACACACAGGAGAGAAACCAUAUAAAUGCCUGGAGUGCGGAAAGAGUUUCAGUCGGAGGGACCAUCUAACUUCACAUCAAAGAAUUCACACAGGAGAGAAACCGUACAAAUGCUUGGAGUGUGGAAAGAGUUUCAGUCUGAGAGCCAAUCUUACUUCACAUCAAAGAAUUCACACAGGAGAGAAACCAUACAAAUGCUUGGAGUGUGGAAAGAGUUUCAGUCGGAGGGAACAUCUAAUUUCACAUCAAAGAAUCCACACAGGAGAGAAUCCAUAUAAAUGCUUUGAGUGUGGAAGGAGCUUAAGUUGCAGCAGUAAUCUCGCUAGGCAUCAAAGGAUUCACACUGGGGAGAAACCCUAAGAAUAUCUGGAGUGUGGAAAGGACAUCUAACUUCACAUCAAAGGAUUAACAUAGGAGAGAAACUGCAGAAAUGCUUGGUGUGUGAAAAGAGUUACAGCUACAGCAUAAGCCCUUCACAGAAGAGAAACUGUAUAAAAGCUCAUAGUAUGGAUGAAGCUCAUGCCUUACUUCUCACUGAAGGAUGCAUACAGGGGAGAAACCUUAUACUUGUCUGGAGUGUGGAAAGAGAAUGUAAAACUUACCACCGAAGGAUUCACACCAAGGAGAUGCCAUGCAAAUGAAUCUGAUAUCCAUUACUACAUCAGGAAUCCAUCACUAUUUUCUAUUGUAAGAAAGGGUCCGAUUGUACACCAGGAGAAGAAUUUAACUUGGCUGUGGGGGAAUAUUUGAAGCAAAUCAGAAAUGAUACAUAGAGAGCAAAGAAGUAUUUGAAUAGCUGUAUAUUUCCAUUUAAGGAGGGCAUCUAGACCAUAGGUAUCUAUGCAGCAACUGCAUGUGUU